AUGCGGCUAAGGUUCCUCGCCUUGCUGGCGACCCUCGCCCCUUUCGCAUUCGCAGAUGUUGAAUUCACAGGACCUGCCGCAGGCGACACUAUCACAGUGGGCGUACAAGCUGCUUCAAUAACAGUAAAGUGGAAAGAAUCCGGCGAUGCUCCUCCGAUAACGGAUCUUCUCUCGUACGACCUCUUCCUUUGCGCUGGCGGUAACGCAGAAGGCGAAUGGAUACCGCUUGCCAAUUUAAUUUCAAAAGGCGUCUAUACUACCGGCAAUCAAGCUCUUGCCACGAUCUCAAUUGGCGUCGGUGCCGACACGAAGAACGCAUACUUCCUUCAGAUGAUCUCCGUGAUGAAAACCGGUGGCCGCGUCACAAACUACUCGAAUCGCUUCACUCUCAAAGGCGUAACUGGCGUCUUCCCAGCGGCAGUCAUAACAGGCCUGAAAAGCGUCACCACCACUGAUGGCCCCGCCACACAAAAGGACACGGCCGAAGCGCUACCAGCGCCGGCCGAGGCGGGCGACUUCGGGGUACCUUACCUAGAGCAGACAGGCAUCAUGAAGUUCGCGCCGAUGCAGAAACUGCCGCCUACGAAGAUCUCGAAGAAAGACAUGAAGCCGUUGUUUCCGAGCACCUCGUUUCAGAUUGCUCGUACUUGGCUGCCGACGCCGAAGCAGAAGACCACAACGACGCAGUCGAGGACCUAUAAGUUUUCGAGUAUGGAGAAUACGGUCGCUGCCGCCGCUCAGCCUACAGACGACAUGGAAAGGUUCCUCGCCCGGUGGAAGGAUUAA